AAAUUUAAAUAAAGUCUAGCAUAAACAGCUGUUGACUUUUUGGCUGGUGACACAAGCAGCAAUUAGACAUUAGUUCGUCAAUUAAACCGCAUUAAAAACAUAGAAAUCAACAUGAACAAUUUGUCGGAUACCCCUGUACCGGAUCCUGGCUCUGGUGCUGAUAAAAAAGAAGCCAAACAAUCAAGUGCUUUAAAGAAAACCAGCCGCUAUCGUAGUCGUUCAUUGUCUGCUUCAUCCACCGAUUCAUUUUCAUCUGCCUCCUACACAGGCAGCAGUUCGGAUGAUGGUGAUGAUGUACCACCACGAGAAAAAGUCCAAAAGAACUCUAAAGGUUGUUCUGAUUUUUGUGUACGUAACAUUAAUCAAAAUGCCUUUGGCCGGCGUGAAAUUGAAAUUGCCGAACAGGAGAUGCCCGGCAUAAUGGCAUUGAGAAAACGUGCUGCCGACGAUAAGCCGCUAAAGGAUGCAAAAAUUGUUGGUUGCACUCAUAUUAAUGCCCAGACGGCGGUCUUAAUUGAGACAUUGAUUGAUUUGGGUGCAUCGGUGCGUUGGGCUGCAUGUAAUAUUUAUUCAACACAGAACGAAGUUGCUGCCGCCUUAGCCGAAGCUAACAUUCCAAUUUUCGCCUGGCGUGGCGAAACUGAAGAGGAUUUCUGGUGGUGCAUUGAUCGUUGUGUUAAUGCCGAAAACUGGCAACCUAAUAUGAUACUAGACGAUGGUGGCGAUGCCACACACUUAAUGUUGAAAAAAUAUCCAACCAUGUUUAAAUUGGUUAAAGGUAUUGUGGAGGAAAGUGUUACCGGUGUGCAUCGCCUCUAUCAGCUGUCGAAGGCGGGCAAACUAACCGUACCAGCUAUGAAUGUUAACGAUUCGGUAACAAAAACUAAAUUUGAUAAUCUUUAUAGUUGCAAAGAGUCCAUAUUGGACAGUUUGAAACGUUCGACAGAUGUGAUGUUUGGUGGCAAACAGGUGGUUGUCUGUGGCUAUGGUGAUGUGGGCAAAGGUUGUGCUCAAGCUUUAAAGGGUCAAGGUUGUAUUGUUUAUAUAACUGAAAUAGAUCCUAUAUGUGCUUUACAGGCCAGUAUGGAUGGUUUUCGGGUGGUGAAACUUAAUGAGGUAAUACGCAAUGUUGACAUUGUCGUCACUGCCACUGGCAAUAAGAAUGUAGUGGUGCGUGAGCAUAUGGAUAAAAUGAAAAAUGGUUGUAUUAUUUGUAAUAUGGGCCAUUCGAAUACGGAAAUCGAUGUAAAUAGUUUACGUACUCCGGAUUUGACCUGGGAAAAGGUACGCUCCCAAGUUGAUCAUAUUAUAUGGCCCGAAGGGAAAUAUAUUAUUUUAUUGGCCGAGGGACGUUUGGUCAAUCUUUCCUGUUCCAGUAUACCAUCAUUUGCUGUGUCAAUUACAUCUGCCACCCAAGCUUUAGCUUUAAUUGAACUCUUCAAUGCACCUCCCGGACGCUAUAAGUCCGAUGUUUAUUUGUUGCCCAAGAAAAUGGAUGAAUAUGUAGCCAGUUUACAUUUACCCACAUUCGAUGCUCAUUUAACCGAGUUAACCGAUGAGCAGGCUAAAUAUAUGGGUCUAAAUAAGGCGGGUCCCUUUAAGCCCAAUUAUUAUCGUUAUUAAAACAACAGUUGGUAAAAGUGUAGUGAUUAGAGGACGAAAGAAAAGAAAAUAAAAUGGUUAAGCACCGGCGCACAGGCUUAUAAAAAGGGCACUUUUUAAACAAGAAAACAAUAAAAUAAACUAUUUACCACUGCAGACGACACUAGACAAUGAAAAAAAUAUAUAACAAACAAAUAAACUUCUACUACUACAUACUGAUUAAAUCAUGAACAUGUAAGAAUUUAAUAAUAUUAUUGUAUUAUUUCAUAAAAACCAAACCAACCAA